AUGGCAGUUCCUCACGUACUUAUUUUCCCGUUGCCUCUUCAAGGUCCAGUAAAUUGCAUGCUUAAACUAGCUGAACUCUUAUGCCUUCACCAAGAAAUUCAUAUCACUUUCAUCAACACUGAAUAUAUCCAUCAACGCUUGAUGAAUUAUACGGACAUUCUAGUCCGUUUUGAGAAAUAUCCAAACUUCAAAUUCGUGACAGUUCCAGAUGGACUUCCAGAAGAUAAUCCAAGAAAUGGAGACCAAAUAGGGAAGAUUAUUGAAGGUGUAGAGAAAGUGAGUAGCCCACUUUUCAGAGAGAUGGUCAUGAUGACUACUACUACUUGUCUCAUAGUUGAUGGUAUUUUUACAUUUGCUGUUGAUAUAGCUAAAGAGGCUAAAAUCCCACUUCUUUAUUUUGAUACUAUAAGUCCUUGUUCUCUCUGGACUUAUUUGGCUGUUCCAAAACUCAUUGAAGAUGGAGAAAUUCCUUUCAAAGGGAAUGACUUGGAUGUAUUAGUAAAUGGUGUGACAGGAAUGGAAGGUGUGAUGAGGCGUCGAGAUCUUCCUAGUUUCUGCCGAACACCUGACCUUGAUAUCCCAAUUAUCAAACUUGUAAUCAAGGAGGGGAAACAUAUUGUCCAAGCCCAAGGUCUAAUAUUCAACACAUUUGAAGCCCUUGAAGGACCUAUUCUCUCACAAUUUCGAGCUCUAUGUCCAAACAUCUAUGCCAUUGGGCCUCUUCACACUCAAAUGAAGGCAAAACUAUCUUCUCAAUAUUUGCCAAACACACCAACAUCCAACAGCAUAUGGAAAGAGGAUAUGAGUUGUAUAGAUUGGCUUAACAAACAGCCCAACAAAUCAGUUCUAUUUGUCAGCAUUGGAAGCCUUGCCACAAUGAGCAAGGCCCAAUUCUUGGAAUUUUGGUAUGGUUUGGUGAAUAGUAAGACUAGGUUCUUGUGGGUCCAGAGGCCCGGUUCAAUUAUUGGACUUGAAGACGACAACAAUAAUAUGCCCAUGGAAUUGGUUAAAAGUACAAAGGAGAGGGGGUGUAUUAUUAGUUGGGCUCCACAAGAAGAAGUGCUAGCUCACCCAUCAAUUGGUGGAUUUUUAACGCAUAGUGGGUGGAAUUCGACUUUGGAAAGUAUAGUAGAAGGAGUGCCAAUGAUUUGUUGGCCCUAUUUUGUUGAUCAACAAGUAAAUAGUAGGUAUGUUGGGGAAGUGUGGAAGCUUGGAAUAGACAUGAAAGAUGUAUGUGAUAGAGCCACAAUUGAGAGGAUGGUGAUACAAGUGAUGGAUGUGAAGAAAAUUGAAUUUUUGGAAAAGGCAAAACAUAUGAGCGAUUUGGCAAUAGCAAGUGUUGGCGAAGGUGGCUCUUCAUACCAAGAUUUGGACCGUUUAAUUGAGGAUAUUAGGCUGAUGAGGAUAUAACAUCCUCACAUGCCUA